CUUCACCAUAUCUCAUCUUCAUUAACAGAAUUCCACAACAAAACCAUGCAGCCAGCAGGAAAUAGGGAUUAUACAUAUACGGAGUUUGUGAGCAGAUUGGAGAAUAAUUAUCAGUUUAGGGACGUACACCAAAUACCAGCCAUGAUGUUUGGAGGUUUUUGUAGACGGUUGUGCUUAAAAGCAAUGCGAGUUUUCAAAGAAGAAGAAGAAGAUUUUGUGAAUUGUGUCCUACAAGUGGAUCUUGAUGAUGGACGAUGGGAAAAGUCGUUAAGGAAACUACGCCUUAGUUGCAGAGCAGUGAGGCAGUGGAAUGUGUACCAGAAUGGAAGAGUGGAAAUAAGUGCAUUUGCUAAACCGAAUAAUCUGAUGCGGAGGAUACGCAGAUCCGAACCGAUAGAGCUUGUUUCGAUGCAGGCCGGACAGUGCUCCAGCAAUCUUUACUUGAAGGAAGCUCCAAAGCCUGUAACUAGCAAUCCACCUCAAUGUCCCUCUCCCUAUCCCUAUGGAGGAGGAUAUGGAUAUCCACAACCACCUCCUCUUCGUCGAGUUUAUGGAUAUCCACAACCACCUCCGCUUCAUCGAGUUUAUGGAUAUCCACAACCACCUCCGCUACAUCAAGGUUAUGGACAACCACCUGCACAUCCGCUAUCGGAGCCUUAUGAUUAUGGAUAUGGAUAUCGACCUCUGCAGUCGCGUUUUGUGUUCGGGCAAGGGCAAUUAUCUCGCUACUAG